GCACACAUAUAAUGAACCCGAUUAAUAUCUACCACAAAUUCUAACGAAGUUUUAUACAAUACACGGACAUUUUUCCCAUGAUAUACUUGAAUAUGGACCGGAAAUGGAGGGAUGAAAAACACCAGAGACAUCCAGAACAAGCUUCAGUUGCAAUCCGAACGUGAUUCUGUACGCAUCAUAGGAAUAUUGAAACAAAGUUUGAGGCUGAGUGAAAAAAAUGGAAAAGCUUUUAGUGAUCUUUUUAGUUUAUGCAACUCUUGCGGGUUGUACUCCGCAGGAUAGUGAUGCUGAGCUUUUUAUCGGAUCCCUUGAAAAUGUCGAUGAACCUACACAUCAACAGCAGCGAUCUUACUACCAGACCUCGUGCUUUGGCUUCCAGAAUUGCGUGCCACUAUCCAAUUGUCCGGAAAUGCACUUUGAAGCUGCGAAAGCGUGCUACCUCGGUGAUAGAUCACUCUUUUGCGGAACUUCCGGUUCAGAGCCCAUGGUGUGCUGCACAAAUAACGGAGAACACACAGACACCCAACAGUCUGGUUCUCCGAUAAAUACUGACUGUGGAAAAAGCCUCGUGAGAGGCCAAUUUUACAAAGGACUAGGAGCUUUUCCGUUUGCUGCCAGAGUUGGAUUUAAAAAUUUAAAUUCAGGAAGUAUGGCCUACCCAUGCACUGGAUCAAUUAUUUCACGAAGGGUGAUCCUUACAGCAGCUCACUGUGCUCUGGCCAAAGCCGAUGGACAUCGAUUGUCUUCAGUUCGUAUUGGUGAAUUUGAUACAUCUCACGAUCCAGAUUGCGCUGGAUCGGGAUUCUGUGCUCCGUCAGCUCUCAAUCACGCCAUUAGCCACGUGGUUGUGCAUCCGGAUUACGAAACCGGGAAAUACCAUCAUGAUAUUGCUUUGCUGAUCUUACGAACUCCCAUCAAUUUUACGGUAGCUGCCCAACCUCUGUGUUUGUAUCCUGAUAGGACUAAUCUUAUCGUAGGAAAGCGUGCAACGAUUGUGGGAUGGGGAAAAAUCUCAUCAGUGGGUGUCAAGAGUACAGAAAUGCAGUUCUUAGAGGUCCCCUUGGCCCCUUGGGAGCUCUGCCUCAAAGUCUACGGAACAACAGGAGCUCUGGAUUCGCCAAAAUCCAUCGAAGGCCAGUGGAUGUGUGCUGGAGGUGAGAAUAGGGAUGCUUGUCAAGGAUUUGGUGGAGCUCCACUGGUCAUUCGAGAAGACAACAUUUACAAUCAGAUAGGUAUCAUGUCCUUUGGUUCAGACAACUGUGGUAGUCCCAAAAUACCCAGCGUCUACACAUCCAUUUCUUUCUUCUACCAAUGGAUCCAGGACAACAUACCCGUAGAGUAGACAUAAGCAUAUAGCAAAAAAAAUGUCUCAUGAACACUCAAUGAUCGCGUGAUCAUGUUCAAGGCAAAUUAUUUCUUAGCAUGACCCACAUCCAUGAAGAUCACUGAAAUGUAUCCAAAUUCAUAUGAUUUUCCAUUGAAUCUUGUUAGACAAAUUUUUCAUUUUCUAAAAGCAACUUUUUUAAUUCUUUACAAUCUCAUAUAUACAAUAUUGUUUGGUAUUUCUCUUUAGAAAACGAUUCUGGGAAUACAGUUAAUUUAAAAUGAGGUAUCGAGUUGCGAAAGUGAAACACGAGCAAUAAAAUGAUCAAAUGUAAAAUAACACAAAA